UUCCAGAUACUCAGAGGCAACAGUGAUACGGCCUCAGUGGAGAGUCAUCGUCUGAUGCCAACUAUCUUUGCCAGCAAAAUAAGGAUCCUACCUCAUAGCAUUCACAGGAGGACUGUUUGUUUGAGGAUGGAGUUGCUAGGGUGCCCUUAUGAAGGUGGCAUAAUAUCUUACAGCGCUCCUGAAGGUUCUGAGCCAUCUCAAGGUCUAUUCGACAGCUCCUACGAUGGACUCCGAUCAAAUGGGUACCUGACAGAAGGACUUGGAAGGCUUGUGGAUGGUGAAGUAGGCCUGUCAAACUUCAGACUAGACCUGGGCUAUGGAAAAGGUAAUGGUUGGGUUUCUUGGAAGAACGACAGUAUGCCCAACGGUUACGUGGAACUCCUCUUCGAAUUCGAUCAAGUCAGAAACUUCACAGCAGUUCAUCUGUUCACAAAUAAUUUGUUCAGCCGAAACGUCCAGGUGUUUUCGAAGGCAAAAGUUAUGUUCAGCAUAUCAGGUGAAUACUUCAACGGACCUAUACUUUCGUUCACACAUGUACCUGAUCGAGAGUCAGAAAGCGCUAGGAACGUGACCAUCGACCUUCAUCAGAAGCUCGCUAAGUUCAUCAAAAUGAGGUUAUAUUUUGCUGAUCGGAGGAUCAUGAUCAGUGAAGUGGUCUUCGAGUCUGAACCUACUGGGACGAACUCAACAGAAGAAGACAACAACGCUAUCGAAGAAAAGGAACUGAUUAUUACUUCUGGAGGAGACAAAGCUCUGGAAGCUUUCGAAACGAUUGCAGCUCGGAAAAGCGGCGACACCUACGUCGAGGUGAUUAUCGGCGUGCUCACCGCGAUCGUGCUGCUGCUCUUGAUCGUGUUCGUGGUUAUUCUCAUCGUUAACAAGAGGCAUAAGCUGCAAGGAUCGCCCACGCUGCUCAGGAAUCCGUUCGGGGUGACUAUCAAUAUGAAGGAUCUUUUGAUGAACUUCUCUAGCAGUAACCAGCAACCAUCAGUUGUGAGCAGGCCAGUAACACCAGCCAGUCAGCAGGGAACUACAGGCCCUGGUGACAGAAACUCACAGAUAUCAUUCGAGCAGUACCGGUCCCCUUUAGUAACAGCCUACUAUACUCCAAACUACGCAACUUUAAGGUGCUCUUCAAGCAGCGCUGCACCCAUGGAAAGAUCGGAAGAUGGAGCGGAUGUACCUGAAGUACCACCCCUACCUGAUGAUAAAACUCCUGAAGUUACUGAGGAAGAGGAGGAUGAAGAUGACGAUGACGGGGAAUGUGUAAAUGGAAUGGGAGGUCAACUCUGCUACAGGAGUCUGCAAAGCACGCCUUCACUCAGCUCCAAGUCCCAGGUGAUCAAUCUGGGCAAUUAUUUUCCGAAAGUGACCACCGAGCCGACGGACAAGAAGCGAUACCACACCGCGCCUAGGGAAAAGCAUCGGGUGCCUCCGCCUGCAGUGUGCUGGAACAUCGCACCCAGCAUGAACAGCUCGUAUAAUUGUAAAGAAGUGGAACUGGUUCCAAUACCAAUGUACUCACUAAGGCCUGUUGAAAAAUUGGGAACAUGCCAUGCGGGCGACGUAACCCUAUACGAAACAGAAGGCCUAGAAGAUAUACUUCCCGGUACACCACGACUUGUAGCAGUACGCACAUCUUCGACAACUGCUCCAAAACAACACGAUGUCGCCAUAUCUGCUACAGAAGCAUUGCGAGAGGUUCGCUUCUUGGCGGGCUUGUGCGAUCCAAAUAUCUGUCAAGUCUUAGGGAUCUGCACAGCAGAACAACCACCUUGGACAGUACUUGAGUACGGGGAUGUUGGUGAUCUAGCUCAGUAUCUGCAGUUCCUAGUCAAUAGAAAUGGAGCGGUAGUGAAUGGAGAUCAACCAAUAAGCACUGGCACCUUGAUUUUUAUGGCGACUCAGAUAGCAUCUGGAAUGAAGUACUUGGAAUCGAAACACGUCGUCCAUAAAGACCUCGCAGCCAGAAACUGUUUAGUUGGUCGAGGUUACAUUGUGAAAAUAACCGACAUAGCCAUGUGCAAGCCUCAGUAUAGGAAAGAUUAUGCAGAAAUCGGUGGACGACCUCCAGCACCGAUAAGGUGGCUUCCUUGGGAAAGCAUACUCCUAGAUAGAUACACAUGUAGUAGUACAGUAUGGGCAUUCGCAGUAACUUUCUGGGAGAUACUGAACUUCUGCUGUGAACGACCAUUUAGUAACUUAUCCAAUGAAAAAGUCAUCCAGAACGCCGAACACAUGUAUUAUGGGGGAGAAUUACAGGUGACCCUGAACAAGCCCCCACUCUGCUCGCCAGACAUCUACGAACUGAUGUGUUCCUGCUGGAGGCGAGACGACAAUGAGAGGCCCACCUUCAAGCAGAUCUGCCUCUACUUAAAGCACGUCAACAAAGAAUACACAUUCUCAGACUGAACUAGUUGAAUACGCUAUUUAUAUAAAGUAUAGAUAUAAAGAGAAAUGAACAAAAGAUAUGAUGCCUGACAAUCUGUGUGGUUUGAAAGAUCGAGGGAUAUGUUGUAUAAUGUGUUGUGCUAGAUAAUAGAGAAAUUUGUAUUUUUCAAAGCUGAAUUUGAUUGUAUGUGUCCAUUUUUCCAGGAUGAUGCAGUUAAUCUUCGUUUUUCGCUCGAGUGUUGGAACAUAUAUACAUAUUUAAAAUUGGUUCAUCAAUAGAGAACUCAUUCAUAUUCCGUAUUUCCAGACGAAGAAAUAUACAGGUAUUUCAUGUCAAACUGCCAACGUUAGAGAAAAAGGUUGUUUUCAUAACAUUUGACGAAACCCUAACUUCCAUUCCAGAAGAAGGGUCACAUUAUAACACAGCUUUGCGUGCAGGGAUGGCGGUCCCAAGGUUUACAUGCUCAAAAUUCACCCAUUUUCGAAUUUUUAACGUACUAUUUUUAUAUGAACGCAUGGUCGCAAUACUUCAAAUCUAUAAACUAAACACGCAGCGACAAAAAAUAUAUAAAAACGAAAGUGUUACAGCACUGAGCUCACAAUAAAUACGAAACACUAACCAAAUUGAUACACAAUAUAAUAUAAAGACAAUUCAGCUUUGAUCUUUAAUGUGAGCACAAUAGGGUAACACUUUCAUUUUUAUAAAUUAUGCUUUGUAUCUCAGUGUGUUUUAUUAUAUAUUGGAAGCAGACAGUGUUAUUACUAGAGAUUGGGUGGAUUUUUUACAAAAAUGCCAAAACCACUAACCUUGGACUUUUAAAUAGCAAUCAAGUGCUAAAAUAAAAAGGAAUACGAGUAUAUUGAUGAAAAUGUAAAGUACAUACGUUCCAAGGUAUUUCAAAGCAAAUAUUUCAUUGGUCCGAGACCCCCCUUUUACAUUUGAAAUUUGAAUGGCAAGUUUUGCACUUAUAAUACUUUUUGGCGUCAAAGUAUUGAUAUUCCGUAGGGAUGAAAAUUCUGAAACAUUCAAGUAUGCACAGAUUUCCCAAUGGCUGAAAUGUUGCAUACAUAUUAGUAAUACUAUUAGAUAUAUGUGAAACCUUCCACACAAUGUAGCUCUCACUAAGAUGAAAUGCAGUAAGAGGUCACAGAUACUCUUUCUAGAAGCAUGAAAACCAAUCCAGAGAGGGUAAAUGAAACAGGUUUUCCUCACUACGAUUGAUUUCUUAUUUUUCACACUGUACACUGGAUACUAUUCGAAUAGCUCCUCUAGAUUUUGUAAAAAAAGUGUAUCCUCUCUUCCAAAUAAUCGGUAACUUUGGUGAUACCAUUUAUUGUAAUGUUGCUUAACAUAGCUCUUCUAAAUUUAACGACUGAUGUAAAAAUCGUAUAUCUAUUACAUAUCCUCAAAAGAAAGUAGAACCAUAUAUCCUUUUGUAAAUAGAAUUUAUGAGAAUUUAUAGUUAGGUAAUGUUAACGCUUUAUACAAUUUUGCAGAAUCGCCUAUGUAAAUAUGAAAAAUAGAGUUUUAAUGUACUGUAUGCUGAAUACCUGAGUCUAUGAUCAUUUCAAUUGUACAGUCUGGCAUUUGUUGAUAUACCAGUUAUUUUUUAAGAUACC